AUGGGUAUGAACUUCGCUAGUGAUGGUUAUGUAUGGGGAGACGCCGAGCAACCUUUUAAUAGUGAGGUUCGAGGAUAUACCCUGCAAAUGUUCUGGCACCGAGCAGGAUACAAGCCUCACGCUGAGAGUGUCGCAACACAUACGAGAAGAAGAUAUCGCCUUCUGCCUAACAAUCAGAUGGGCAUGGGCACUCCCGAUCCACACUUAUGGCUUGUCCAUUAUUCAAAAGCACAACCUCGUGAUCAGCAUCCUGCGACUUCGAUACAAAUGCUACCUCAUAUUGCACAGGUCUUUCAAACACGUCAGAUGAUUCAGCGGAGUGGACAACUACCCAGAAAGGAAUUUAUGCUGCAUGAUCGGUCUCAGUGGCCAGUAGUUCAACUCCCCACCGGAGUUGGCAGAUCAGGAUCGUCCGGACAAUUGGUAGGCGGUCACCGUCGGGGAGCCAGUCUUGAAAACACGACUAUGGAGGAAGAGGAGGAUGUGUCUCGAGGCGAUGUCUUAGAUUUCAUCACACCAAGGGAGAUCAGCCGCAUGCGGUAUGAGCAACACCACGAGUGGAUGGAAGAGAUACUCGAAUCGCCAUAUGCAACGAAGCAGAUUAUACCUUCUGAGCUUGGUCUAGGUAGGAAAGGAGCGCUCGAAUCGUUCACCAAUGGCUUCUUCACUGCUCCUGUCUCAACUGCUCAUGAAGCGGUGAAUGGGAAAGUCGGCAAGUUGGAUCUUGCAAGGACGGACGAGUUUACUAAGCAUGCCAACGCAAAAUUGGCUGAGAUGCAAGCAGAUCUCGAGAAAAUGAAGCAGCAGCACCUUCGACGAAUGGAGAAGUUGAGAAAGACCACUGAUCUAGGUAGUGCCGAACGCAAGCUCCGAAACAUGAACCCAAAUGACGACAACUACAAAAAUGUCGCUGCUCAGGUGCAGAACAUGAUGGGCAGGAAGAUAGAAGCAGUCGAGAAAGUACAGCAGAUUGCACGAGGUGGCUUGCAGGAUAUCAAGCCAAUCCAGGAACCCCAGUAUAAUGUGCGACAGGACUACACAGCAGCUCUUCAAGCACAGAGUCAAGCUCUAUUGCAAGCACAGCAGCAACAGCAGCAGCGUGUCCAACAAAUGCCUCAACAGUCACAACCAAAGCCACAGCCAAACUUGCAGCAACAAGUGCAGCAACAGCAACCUCAGACUCAACAGCCAGCCCAGCAAGCGGCGCAAACUCUACCACAAGCCCAGCCUCAACCGCAGAUCCAAACGCAACCACAACCCCAAAGCGUGACACCAAGCAACCAGCCCGCAGCUGUCGCACCGCCCACUGAACCCGCUCAGACACAGGAGUCUGUAGCACAAUCAGAAGCACUAAUACAAAACAACGACGCUGUGGAUAGCAACGAUAUCGACAUGGGUGAUCUGGGAGAUCCAGAAGGCAAUGACAAUACAGAUGGAAAUGAAUGGGACAUGGUAAACGACCAGCCAAGCGGCAAUAACAGUCAAAGUCCUCAAGGGAAUGUUAACAACCAACAACAACAAGCGCUUCAAUCGGAUUCAGAGCAGCAGAAUGUUGACGAGUCUCAGUCACAACAAGCAUAUCAGGCUGACAACAACACGCCAGCAGGUGAAGCCAAUGACUUCGACAUGGUAAAUGACUUCGAUACGAAUAUGGACACGGCUGGAGAUGCAUUAGCUGAUUACAACGUGGACGACGAUCUGAAUUUAGACGACUCGGCAUUUGGCGAUGCUUUUCAUCACAACCAGCAAGAUUUGUCCUAG